CUGCCCUAAUUUCCCCAAAUCCUGAAUCCUUUCAGAGUAUAUUAUCACCCGCCAUCUCCAAAUUUCGGUUCUCUCUUUCGGCAUAUUCUUUCCUCCCAGGGAGGACGAAACCUUUUCUUGCACGGAGUAGCUUCCUUCCGUCGAUCGAUCAGGCUAAGCGACUGUUAAAAUUUGGAGAUUCACAUCGGUGGUUGAACCAGAUAGAGAGAAGUCGACGAGCACCAGCCGCCGCCAACAAUGGGAGUUCCCGCGUUCUACCGUUGGCUGGCCGAGAAGUAUCCGAUGGUCGUGGUGGACGUAGUCGAAGAAGAGCCGGUCGAGAUCGAAGGUGUGAAGAUUCCCGUCGACACCAGCAGGCCCAACCCUAACGAAAUCGAGUACGACAAUUUGUACCUCGACAUGAAUGGGAUUAUCCAUCCCUGCUUCCAUCCCGAGGAUAGGCCGUCGCCGACUUCUUUUGAUGAAGUGUUCCAGUGCAUAUUCGACUACAUUGAUAGGCUAUUCGUGAUGGUGAGGCCCAGGAAGUUGCUGUACAUGGCAAUUGAUGGGGUUGCUCCUCGUGCAAAAAUGAAUCAGCAGCGCUCUAGGCGUUUUAGGGCUGCUAAAGAUGCUGCCGAUGCGGCAGCAGAAGAAGUUAAGCUCAGAGAAGAGUUUGAGAGGGAGGGAAGGACGCUUCCUCCUAAGGAGGAGUCUCAAACCUUUGAUUCAAAUGUCAUUACUCCUGGAACUCCAUUUAUGGCAGUUCUCUCUGUUGCAUUGCAGUAUUAUGUUCAUUUAAGACUCAACAAUGAUCCUGGAUGGAAGAAUAUUAAGGUUAUUCUUUCGGAUGCAAAUGUUCCUGGUGAAGGAGAACACAAGAUUAUGUCUUAUAUACGUCUGCAAAGAAAUCUUCCUGGUCAUGAUCCUAAUACACGCCACUGCCUGUAUGGGCUGGAUGCUGAUCUAAUUAUGCUGGGACUGGCUACACAUGAAGUUCAUUUCUCGAUUCUUAGAGAGGUUGUGUUCACUCCGGGACAAGACAAAUGUUUUAUAUGUGGUCAAAUGGGUCAUUUUGCUUCAAAUUGUGAGGGAAAGGCAAAGAAGAAGGCUGGUGAAUUCGAUGAGAAAGGUGAAGCUGCUGUACCUAAAAAGCCAUAUCAGUUUUUGCAUAUAUGGAUUCUGAGAGAGUAUCUGGAAUAUGAAAUGCAAAUCCCCAAUCCUCCAUUUGAGAUUGAUUUGGAGCGAGUCGUGGAUGAUUUCAUCUUUAUAUGUUUCUUUGUUGGAAAUGAUUUCCUGCCACAUAUGCCGACUCUAGAGAUUCGUGAGGGUGCCAUCAAUUUGCUGAUUGCCGUGUACAAGAAGGAAUUCAAGUCAAUGGGUGGAUAUCUGACUGAUGGUAGUAAGCCAAAUUUAAGUAGGGUGGAACAUUUUAUUCAAGCAGUAGGAUCAUUUGAAGAUCAGAUAUUUCAGAAAAGAGCCCGGUUACAGCAGCGUCAGACUGAAAGAAUCAGGCGGGAGAAGGCGCAGGUGAAAAGAGGCGAUGAUGCGGCACCUUCAGUUCAACCUGAGUCUUUGGUUCCAGUUCAUAGAUUUCAUGGUUCUCGUCUAGCAUCAGCUCCACUUCCAUCACCGUAUGAGCGAAGCUCUGGAAGUUCAAACGGGGAUACUAAAAGGAAACAUUCUGGGCCUUCUAACGAUGAAGGAUCCCCUGGUCGAGCUCAUAAAGUUGCCCGGUUGUCUUCAGUAGCCAAUAUUGGUGCUGCCAUUGUGGAAGCUGAGAAUAGCCUGGAAACAGAUGUACAAGACAACAAAGAUGAUCUCAAAACCAAGUUGAAGGAGUUACUUCGUGAGAAAUCUGAUGUUUUUAACACAGAAAAUGGAGGAGAUGACAAGAUUAAACUUGGUGAGCCUGGAUGGAAGGAGAGGUACUAUGAAGAGAAAUUUUCUGCCCAAACGCUCGAUGAACUUGAAAAUGUUCGAAGAGAUGUUGUUUUAAAGUAUGUGGAAGGUCUAUGUUGGGUAAUGCAUUAUUAUUACGAAGGAGUUUGUUCAUGGCGCUGGUUCUUUCCUUAUCAUUAUGCACCCUUUGCUUCUGAUCUCAAGGACCUCGGUCAGUUGGACAUCACAUUUGAUAUGGGUUCUCCUUUCAAGCCAUUCAACCAGCUGUUGGGAGUUUUUCCUGCUGCAAGUGCCCAUGCUCUUCCUGUAGAGUACAGAAAAUUAAUGUCAGAUCCAACCUCACCUAUUAUCGAUUUUUACCCAGUUGAUUUCGAAGUUGACAUGAAUGGGAAACGAUAUGCCUGGCAGGGUAUUGCGAAACUCCCAUUUAUCGAUGAGACUCGACUUCUUGCAGAGGUUGAGAAGGUUGAGCAAACUUUAACGGAUGAGGAAGCAAGGAGGAACAGUUUUAUGUUUGACAUGCUUUUCGUUGCUUCAUCUCACACCCUGGCCCAAUGUAUAUACUUGCUCGACAAUAAAUCAAAGCAAAUGACAAAUAAUGAGAGGAUUGGAAUCAAGGAAUGCAUCAACCCAGAAUUGAGGCCUACAUGCAGUGAUGGGAUGAAUGGCUAUAUCUCCCCUUGUGCUGGAGAUACUCACCCUCCAGUGUUUAGGUCUCCAGUCACUGGCAUGGAAGACAUAUUGGACAACGAAGUCAUAUGUGCUAUUUACAGACUACCUGAUCCCCAUAAACACAUCACUCGACCUCCUCCUGGUGUCACAUUCCCCAAAAGGAUUGUGAGCUUGCAAGACAUGAAACCUGAUCCGGUUCUGUGGCACGAAGACUCUGGGAGAAGGCCUUAUGACAGGCAUAACAAUAGUAAUAAUAAUAAUAGCAAUGGAAACUACUCUGGCCGCCAUAACAAUAACAACAACGGGAACAUAUCUGGCCGCCAUCUCGGCGAGGCGUCUCAUCGGCUUGUCACCAAUAGCUUGCAGAUGAACAGACAGGGAAACCAAUACAACAACCAUGCACAGCAUGGUCGUGCACAUUCUUAUGAUGCUACGCCAUCAUAUGCUCCUCGAAACUCAUCCUACUCAAAUGGAUCUCAUCAUGAUUAUUCACAUUCUAGGCAUCAGCAGUCUGCACCUCCUUAUCAACAAAGGUACGAUCAGUCUCGUGGGUCCAACCCCCGGUAUGGAGGCUCUCGAUCUUCAUAUGAGAGAGAGGAUCAUGGUGGGGGAUAUUAUCCGCAAGGCGGGUUUCAUCAUCAAGGCAACCCCCGUGGCGGUGGAUAUGUUCCUCAGCCAGUAGUAUCCCCGCCGAAUGGCGGUGGUUAUGAUGCAUACCAGAGUCGCCAGCCAGCAGGCACACAGUGGGGCGGCGCUCCAGCUGCACCACCAGUCAACCAGGCCGUGCCUUAUGGAUACGGUCACCAACAUCACCAUCAGCAGGCUGGCGGAAACAGGUUUGCUGCCUUGGACCAUAGAUCAAACCGAGUGCCACCACCACACCAUGCAAGAACUCAUCACGAACAGCCGCCGCCUCCUGGAGCUGAAAAUAGGAGGCAACAGUACCCGCCACACAAUGCUGCCCCUCGCAGGCCAGCACCCCCACCCGGGUACAGCAGGCGGUAGGAAAAUGUGGCAAUGGCGUUUGUGAUUCCAAUUCUGUAAUGUCCCCUUUUUUUUCUUCCAUUAGUUUUGGUUGCAGUCUUUUAGUUAUGGUCUUGCUCCAUUUGUUGUGUAUUAUUGUUGUACCCCCAAAAGCUCAGAAUAAGCAGGUGUCCAAGGGACGUCAUUCAUUUGGGUUUAGUGCAUCUGCUAUACUUUGAUGUUCAAUAUCUUCAUAAUCGGAUAUUAAUGAUUAGUAUAGACUAAAGAGAUUGUCUUUUGUCCCUGGUUUUUAUAUAUAAUUAUCAUCAUUUGGAAGAG